UUGCAGGAAGCCACAGGGUUCAUGAUCAGAUCCAAAGCGAGACUCACCGAUGUGUCGAAUGACAGCAGUGACAGUGUACUUCUCAGUGAAAGCUGUAUAAAGAGGCUGAAGAAGAUCAGUAAGAACCCCGAUGAUUACCUCAGGUUGACAGUAGAUGGAGGUGGCUGCUCUGGGUUCCAGUACAACUUUAGAUUUGAAAAUCAAAUUAAGCCAGAUGAUCACAUUAUAGAGAAGGAAGGUGUCAAGGUUGUUGUUGACGAGACCUCCAUCGCGUUCAUCCGAGGAUCCACCAUCGACUACCACGAGGAACUGAUCCGAUCAACUUUCCGAGUCGUCUCGAACCCGAAUGCCGAGCAAGGCUGCUCCUGCGGAGCCUCAUUCGCACUCAAGUAGUGUUUCACCCUGACUGGACUGGCAAUGGCAGGCUGUGACCCCACUAUAACUUGUAUAAGCUUCAUCUGUGUUUUUCUCUCUGUAGUCAUGAGUGUGCAAAAAAUAAGGAGUGUUUAUUGUGUGCACGUGGAAACACGUGGUGGUGUACAGAUUUUCAUGAAAAGCCCCGAGGUUAGAGAAAAGCAAAAAAGUUGCAUUCGACCUCGUAUCUAAAAUAACUAUAUUUUCAUUAUUCUUGCAGGAAAAAUACUGAUACGCAUUUGUGAUAUCACGUUUCUACAGUAAGUUUAUGACACUUUGAAACAUUUGUGUACUAUUUUGCUACAAACAGUUGUAGCAACAAAAUUCGACGCAUUUCCACUGCCGCUUGUGUCUCUGAUAACACUUGCUUAUCUUAUUUCUAUUCAUAUAUGUGACCCGUGAUAGCCAAAUGAGUCGUAAGUCGCACAGUAGCAUUUUACAGAACAAUCGAUUUUGUUUCAAAUCUUUAAAAAAAAAAAAACAUCUACAAUGUUUACUUUUGAUCUGUAUAAGCAAAAAUGUCUUAAUUCAAUUAAAACCUGCUUAAAUUGAAUGAUUUAUAAGAAGUGACGGCUAAUAAUAUCAGUGAAUGAUAUUAGUUUUUGAGCCCUUAUUUUAGACAAUUCUCAGGAAAUUUUAAUCGCAUGAUAUCUCCAUUUAUAAUAGUAAUAAAAUAUUCAUUUUUCAACCAAUUUUCAAUAUCUAUAUAACAAUAGAAAGCUAUGAAUCUCAGGUAUCUGAAUAUGUAUUCAAGCUAAAAUGUCAAAAUUUGCCCAAGUGACUCAUUUCGCCAUCACCGGUCACAUAUAUUCUGGAUUAGAAACUUUCCAUACAGUUUAGUACACACAGCAAAAGACGUGAAUGUGGUUUGUUUUCAGGUUGCUUUACGUGACCUACUUUUUUGGUUAGCUAUUUCCACUAUUUAAUAAUCAUUAAUGGUUAUUAUAUAAUUUUAUUUGUGUGCGUGUGUGUGUGUGUGCGUGUGCAUGCACACCCACGUGCAUGUGUGGAGUGACCUGUUUAGAACAUUUACAUGUAUGGAAGCCAUUCAACACAAAACGCACACGUUUUAUUUAGGUGUACAAACGUUGUACAUUUAGUUGGCAGAGGUGUUUUGAUCAGCUAGAAAUCUAGGGCGUUAUUAUUAAAUACAGAAUUUAUACAUAUAACGAACCUUGUAAAUGUAAGCUGCCAAACGAAACGAAGCAGUAAAUUUUACAUUUUGCGACGAAUCGACUUUAGUGCAGUUUAACGGCAAGUGUGACAAAAUCUAGUAUAAGUGACAAAUAUAGUUCAAGUGAAUAUGAUUCAUACGACUGGUGUUAACAGCUCACAUCUCGUUACCAGUCAAUGGUGACCGAAAGUUGCAGCAGCUUGCUUUAAUUUAUGUUGGGUUUGAAAACUAUAGUAUCGGACUAGGCACAUUUCACAAUUGGUAAUUUGUUCUAAACAUUGUUUUAAAUGUAAAUAAUAUAUAGCAGAAGCCUUAUAUAAUAAAAAAAAUUUAGUCUAUGCAUA